GCUGGUGAAAUGCAAAUUCUGGGAUGGUUUUGUUUAUAUUUAGCUUGAACGAGUAGACCCUGAAAAGCUUGCUUUUCUGAGCUUUUGUUUGACUAAAUCAGUCACAAUUCCUUAUUGUUUGAAAAUUUGGUAAUUAUAACCUCCCUGACGGCUUCCCGUCAAGUAGAUGGGAUUGAGAUCAUAUUACAAAUGCGGGAAAGAGGAGCAAGCAGAGUGCAUGUAGUCUUGUGGAGCGGAGCACGAGUUUAUUCUGGCUGAUUCCUCCACUAAAUUCUUCGCAUUUCAUCCCAGCCUGAAUUCAUUUUGAGGUAGGCAUUUGAGAAACAUUUUUGGACACAUAGGCGCCAAAUUGUUUAAGAGACCACGUGAAUGUUUUGCUUUCAAUUAUUUAUCGAGAAUGUGAGUUACUCAAUCCCAGUGGUUUCCAUCCAGUGUGCAUGUGGCAACAUCAUGGCCAGUUCAUGCGUUUACUUUGCGUUUGUUACAUGUGUCAUUUCUUUCCUGCAAAGCAUGGGGAUACAUUUUUCUCUCUUAUAUAUAAUGCCUUCGAAAUAAUACGUAAUUUGAAUAUUCACUUUAUUUUGAAAGGUGCUUUUAAUAUUUCAAAAAUGUAACGAAAUAUAAUUUCAGUGGAUACCCCAAAGUUGCUAUUUUUAUCUCGCAGAUGAAAUCCGUACGUGACAAGUGAAUCAAGGGGAUCGGAAAUUGUGGUUCCAUUCGACCGUUCAUUAGUGAUUCCGUUUCUAAACAUUUCAGGAAGGCUAAGAUACUCUGCCGGAACAAUGUCGAGCUUCAUUCGCCGGCAAUGCAUACACAAGGUCAUUACACAUCCUCUCGAUAACAAUCUUUUACCGGAUCGGAGGUUAAUUCAAAACCCCCCUUAUAAAAUGCUCUUUUGUUUUCCUGAAGCUAUCGAUAUGUUUUUAAUGUACAAUGAUCUGCUAGCCUGUCUUCGUAUUGACUUUAUAAAUCUCGUUAUUUCUGUAGAAAAAUAUAAUAGGUGAAUAAUUACGAACGUUUCAUAUUUUAUGCCCGAUUUCGCACAUAGGUCCAUACAUCGCUCGUCCAACUACAGAAACUACCAUGGCCCCUGAAGUAAAAUCCAAAGCAAAGCGGACUUCGGGUCAAACGAUGCGUUUGAGGAAAAAGCGCUGGUUUCCAUCAGGAAUAAAGGCUGACAGUAAAUAUGUUGGUGAGUCUUAUUUGUAUUCUUAUAGGUCCUCAAAAAAUAUAUCCUGUUUCUGUGGUAAUGGAUGAUAACAAGCGGUCAAGUUUAAAGAAACUUAAGUGGUUUCCAGAGAGGCAGAUCCCACGCAGUCCAUUACAUAAAUUACACCAUUGUACAUUCAAUGUGGUUCAAGGGUAUGACGAAUGGUCAGAGCAAUGGAGUUCAGAUCCGACCAGAGUGGUUUCUGUGCUCUUCCGCCAUGUUUUAAAAUUGUGAUCAUGCCCUUUCUCCUUCCUCAAUUUCUCCUAUCUUACAUCCAGCAGCAUGCAGUGCUUUUACUGGCAACUUCAUGCUGGGAACCACUAGCACAGGAAGACCAGUUUUAUCAGUAUCAAGAGGUUAUCUUGGGCGCGAUCCAUUCAACCAAACUUUCCGGAAAUUUCGGUCCAAAACUCAAUGGAUCAGUUCGGUCCAACCGGAAAAGUUUCGAAAAAACGGGUCCACCUUUUGAGGUGGUCCUCUUUUUUCGGUCGGACCAGUCUGAAUUUUGGUCGAAUGGAUCGCGCCCCUUGCAUAACAGUGGUUGUUUCUCUAAGGCAGUCCCAGCUCAUGACUGUCAACUCUCCAAAGGACUGCCCUUUUAUCUCACUGACCUAACUGUGGUUUCUUGUUUUGAGGGCUAGAGUAAACACAGUUGCAAUCUUGAGUUUCAUCAAAAAUUGAAACCAUUAAGCAAUAUAUCAAGUAAUCUGUCCAACUGAUUCCCCUGACAAAAUGUACUCGUUCCUUGCAUAGCACUGUUCAGCCUAAGUGCAAGUUUGACAAGAUUUGUGGGGCACAGGAGGAAGGGUAGAAUGCCCUAAGUUCUUUUCAAGAAGACGGAGCCCCUUUUCAUUCCAGCAGCAAUAUUUUGAUAUUUUUGAUAUUCUUGUACCUGCUUCCUUGCGGGCUAAGAUGCCUUAGGUGAGAUAACCCCUCUGGGUGCUCUAUGUUCUUCUACAGGCGCACUUGCUUCAUUUAGUCCCCUACAAAACAAUCCUACUUUUUCUGAACUUAUGCAAAAACAACAAGAAUUUGCCAGCUUUCAAUCCUUGGCAGAAAGAAAGAAGGGAACUUGUCCACCAUGUUUAUGUGAGCCUCCAACUAAAAGGUCAAUUCAGAAAUACAGGUCGGAAAAUAUAAGCUUUUCUUUACUGACAUCAGCGUAAACGAUUUGUAUUUCGUAUUUUGAUCAUUGAACUGAACAGUUUUAUGAAUUUAUUUCAUUUUUCUCCUCAUGAUUUCUACUGAAUGCACCUUUUUCACAUUUCCCGUAAUACAUCUUGUACACUUCCCCCCCCGCCCCCUUUCCCGCAAAAACAGGAUAACCCUCUUGGGUAUUACAGUUGUCCCAAGAGAGAUUCAAGGCAAAGCCAAGCUUAUGCAAAAUUGGCGGGAGGUGGGGGGGGGGGGGGGGGGGUGAACAAGGUGCAUUAUGGGCAACGUGAAAAUAGUGAAUUCCAAACUUUUGGGAGGUGCUAUGCCCUUAGAUGUAACCUGAGAUCAGCCAAAUUUUUACAAAACGGAAAAGAAAUCCAUGUAUAAAGAACGCACCUUGCUGAACCUGUCCACGCGUGCGUUUCACACAAUACACGAAUGGCGUGAAAGUCUGAGUGUUGAUUAGCAGGCACGUUUCACUAAGAAAGGCUCGCUUGCUUGCUCGUUUCGCUGAGACAAAGCUAUUGAAUGAUAUAUGGACACCCGUGAAGGAUGGUGUUCUUAGGAAUGAAAUUCACGGACGGUUUCGGAACAAACGUCUUUACAACAUUUUUUUGCUGUAGUAUACUUAUAAACUCAAGUAACUUAAAAGUAGCCUUGUCGAAAAAAAAGAGGCUUUCUUUGCCAUAUAAUAUAACGAGUCCAGCGAAUAAGAUAUUUCUCCUUCUUCAUCAAGUACCGUAGAACGACGUGAUGGAAUUGUUGAGUUGUUGAUUAGAGUUCAUGUAAUAUUGAUUACACGUCAUAAACUUUUCAUCUAUCUUGGCCACCCAAAGCUGUGUUGUCGUUUUGGUUUUUGGUUUCUAAACAGGACCUAAAACUGACAGCGAUUUCAUAAAAGAUUGUGUGUCGUCUUUCUGCAUUGCUCUUUUUUUCCUGAUUGAACAGACACUUAAAAUUCCUGCACAACUCGCCGGUGAAAUUUCCGGAAUAGGAUGAGCUAGAAGACCGGAAUGGAUGGUGUCAACUCAUAUGAUGGGCUUAGUGCAAAUGUUUAGUGCACAAAGUCUGACCACAGAGUGUGACCUUUACUCUUGAUGUGAAUCGUCAAACGCCGUGAUCGUGAAAGAGUUGUUCAAAAAAGAAAAGUCCAGUGGAUAUUAUCCACCGGACUGAAUCACUACCCACUGGAUAACGCAAUUGGUUCUUAAUACUUAUUUAGCUUCGCCAACUUUGCGCUCGUAACAGUCCCCCCUCCCCCCUCCCCACCUUGUCCGCUGGAUAGCGAUUUAUCCAGUGUUUAGUUCUGUCCAACCUUUUUAUUUACUGACGCGCCGCCAGUGUGUAAAACAUUAUUUUCCCGUGGUAUGACGGUGAACAAAGUAUCGUUCAGUUUUUGACGUUAGUGGAAAGUCUUCUAUCUCCCUUAUUUGCAAUGAUAACUGGGACCAAGAUAAGACAUGUACAAGUGAAUGUCGGCGGUCUAAAUCUUAUCGUGUGAACAUUUCAGACAUUCAAAUGAAACGAUCACCAGAGUCUCAGGAUGAAAGCUCUUCAGCAGUAUUUUGACAUAGCACUAUUUGUGUAGUACUUAGUUGUAACUUUUGAAUCCGUAGUUAAAAUUUUGUGGUGUGACUCAUUUCCAGUGGAAAUGGUACCUCUUUUACGGCGCAUUUACUCGAUACUUUUGGUUUGCUUCAUGAUUUUACAAAAUGAAAUUUCGGAUUUUUUAUCAAUUUGGAUGUUGACCAAAUUAAAAGCUGAGUUGUCGCAAGUUUUCGAGGAACAUUUUCAACAUGUCUUUCACUUGCAUUCUUCCUAGUACCAACUGAUUGAAUUAAUAUAUGAUCUCACAAACUUUAUAAUGACGUAGCUUUCUAAUAAGUGUUUAAUUUUUAGAAGUUUAAUUAAACUUCUUCGAAAGUUCAAAAGAACGCGUUUCUCUCAUAGUAAUUUUUGCAGCAAUGGGGUAAAGAAAUUAUAGUGUGCAUUUGCGUUUUCCUUGACUUUUAAAAAUGUCAUCAAAGGUUUUUCCUUGUUCGGAUGCUAACGAAGUCUCGAGUCGUAACUUAUCCAUACUGACCAUGGAUGCAGGUAAGCCACUUGAUGAACUAUAAAAAUGUGCAAUACGUAAGAUUUUUUUGGUUUGUUUUCUUGACUUAAAAAUACGGACAGGAUGAAUCGCUGCAAACAGUGAUUUGUUCGGUAUUCGACGCAGUAAAGGUGAAACUGCCUCUUUUCUUUCAACUCUAAACAAAUGUUAUGCCCGAGAGGUGAUAAUUGUUCGCUCCGCGUAGUGGUGAAACAAUUUUGCUAAAAUUAUAUUUCUAUUCCUUUUUCAAAAAAAGAAUGCUUUAGAUCAACAUGUAAAAUAUUAAAGCAAAACGUUAAGCAUAAUAAUUUUGUAUGCGAACCUUUUUGUUUAUUAUCAUGAUCAGCCAUCUCAAAUUCAAGGGAUAACACAAAAUGUAGUGACUGUUUAAACUGUUGAUUCUCGAUAAAAAAUAAAUAGGCUGCUUGGAGUCCCCCUUUUCUCUUAAAAUCUGCACAGUCCUUAUCUUACUGAGUACUCAGCUCGAUUGUAAACACCAAGAAAAAUAAGAGACUGCUCGCAGUUUAUGAAAGGUUAGAACAGGUGAUUGGAGUUUAUCUUUGGCAUUUCAUACUGUAAUCGACGAUGCAUUUUCGAUUUUACUACUCUAAUUUUAAUAUCUAUGUAAUACGCGCGCCGAUUAUAGCAACGCUCAUUUUCAUGUCAAUUCGCUAAGACCGCAAUCUUGGCGCGCGGAAUCAGUUGCAAACUGUAGACCUGCAUACGACUGUAAAUGGCGAACUGGCUUUCUAACUCGCCUGUUUACUCACGAGAAAGUACGGUAACAAUUUUUCUUUAUCUGUAGGCGUAUCCCGGAUGAAACAAUGAAAGCGAGGCAAAUAGCUUGUGUGUUUUUUCUCAAUUCAGACCACGUGAUGUUCUCGAGGGAAUUUGCUUUUUGUCUUUCAUAACUCAUGCAUACACUUUUAGCAUAGUAGGAGUAGGACGACAUUUGAAAGAAACAGUUCUCUAGGGUUACAUCAUAUGGUCUGAAAUGUAAAGCAAAACAUACAAGCUUGAAAGAUCUAUUUUGUCAAGAUUGAAAUCUUAAAGUUUCAAACCAACCUUAAAAAGUUACAGAACCAUAUAGGUGUUUCUUGUCUUUCUUGACCAAGAAUGAUCUCCUGCCAACGACAAAGAGAGGUUCUACUGACCAAUUUUGCCUCAAUUAGGUGGUUUCCUUUACCGUGAUAGCCAUCCGUUGCGGAAAACAUUUAUGAUUAGUUUGUAAGCGCCAGAAAACAAAGAAAAUAUAGUUUCGGUUUUUUUCCCUUGCUCUUUUACAAAUCAUCUUAGCGCUGUUGAUAAUGUGUUGACCGGGCGCCAACAGGCGGCCCUGGAAACGAGAAUGACCUUGGACUUUAAACUUCAAGUUGUCGAAGAUCGGAAGAUGAACAAUCACAUUCAAAUCUUAUCAGUUAUUGCUUACUUAAGAAAUGUUAUCAAUUUUUUUCUACAAGUUAAAGAUUAGCGCGUUUUUUUCUUUGACUGUCUGAUGUGGGUGAUUUAAACCGGGUGAACGUAAUGGCCCAUUACUUCCGGGCGCACCUUGAAAAUCUCGACCUUCAAAAAAAAACUAUUCCUUCGGCAUAUUCAGUUUUCUCAUUUUAGCAGGAAAUUUCUCAUGCAAAUUUUCCUUGUUAGAAUAGUAAACUAUGUCAGAAUUUACUUGAGAAAUUUAUCAGAAAUUUAUUAUCACGCGGUUUUCAUUGCACAAAGCAGACAUUUUCCUCUUUCGAAUUUACGAGUUACGUAAUAUUUUAUUAGAUUGUGUGACAAAAGACCGGUGUUGGAUCACGGCUGCCCCACGUGAAAAACCCGCCUUUUGUGUUAUGUAAGCCAAUGAAAUCGCUCGGAUUACGGCAGCUGUCAAUCUUCUAUUGUUUCGAACUUCUUGUUUUGAAGUUGACAUGCAAAUGUCCAAAUAUAUUGAAGCAGAAAACAAGAGAAACGCAAAGCCGGGAUGUCUAUUUUAAGUUUUUAUGUUGGGAAAUGUUUUUUUUUUGUCUUGGAAAUACUGCAUGUAGGGUUUUGAAUUUGGUUCUUUAAAGGAAAAUCGUACAGGAACUUUCCAAUGUGGAAUUGUGACAAUCGCGCACAGCUCAUGAGAAAAAGGCCGUUGACAAUGUAUCUUCGCGUCCAAGCUAUCAUGCGUUCUCGAUGAAGCUACGACAGUUUUGUUUGAGGUAAAUAUUUUUCCUAUUUAACCGAAUUUAAGAAACCAUAUCUAAGCCCUUAAUGAUUUAAGCUCUCAGAAAUGUCAAGUUGGUGACUUGUAUUUCACUGGCAAGUUGCUCAAUAUUAUUAUUAACAUAAACGUUUUUAAAUUUAUGGAUGCUGAGUGUGUUGAAAUAUUUUCGAACCAAGACUAUGUGAGCGAUUUUGUUAAUUUUAAUUCUCUAGGCAAAAGUUUCCGAUAAAACGAGAGAUUUUUAGCUGAAAAGGAGAAUCCCGCUGAAAUCGAUUCAUGAACGCCUUAUAUAAAACACGCUAAUUCAUUGCCGCAAAGCAAAUCCCGGAUCAACAAUGUUUCGAUUUUGUGCUUUUUAUCCACAAUUGUGGACCGAAGGAAAAGGUCGAGGCCUUUUAAACAUCUUCCGGAGAACUAUUGUGUUGAAAUCGGCAUAUUUAUCUGCUUUAACCAACGUGAAAAAUAUAAGUUAUACAACACGUAUAAAAUGACUUAAAGAGGUGGAACCAAGAACAUUUGUCCUUAAAGGUCGUAUGAGCAUGUGUAUAACUUCAAACUUGGUCCUACUGGCCUAACGAAAAGAUAUUAUUUCUUUAAUUUGAAUUAAAAUAAGUCAACUUCAUUUUUUUGUUAUCAUGGACGUCAUGUGCAUGCGCCGGUUUAAGCUGCAUUGUCUCGUCAGUUUCGUCAGGGUGUUGUUGUUGAUUACUAUAUUGGUAACUGGUUUUUUUCAAAGACCUUUCACGAGUCGGGUAUUUUUUGAGGCACAAAUCAAGUUCAGUUCUUUUUUCUUUGCCGGUCAUCCGUAUUAAACUUGUUCAGUACCAAAAAUAUGAAAUUAAAACUACGCUGCCGAUGUAUACAUCCAGCUGUGCCGGAGAGCUCAUGAUUUCAUUCUUUGAAGAGGUAGAUACCAACGUUGCCAACACAGUGGUACUACAUCGAGUCGCAAGCCGCAAAGAAACAUUGGCCUUUUUUUAUUUUGUGCGUGAUUUUCAAAUGGGCUGGCUUUGCAGUUUUUAAUUGCUACGCCCAGCGUUUAUUUACGUAGAAUGCGUAUCAUUUCGCUGGUACCUGUUCAUUAAUCUAAAGCUUUUUCUGUCCCUUUCUGUGAGCAAAAUUAAGUGCAUUGUCGUCUUUAUUGGACCUUGGUUGUUUACUCUUCGUGGACUUGAAGUUGGGUCGUCGUUGAAUCGAAAUGUGCACGCAAUUGAAAUUGAAAAUAAUCAAAAUUAUGCUGAUAAAUAACUCUCUACUUGACAUUAGUUUAGAAGUACUUAGUUUUGAUCAGCUUGAAAAUGAAAACUGGGUUCAACUGUACGGAGUAAUUUGCAAUUUGCAACCCGUGCGGAAAAUAAUAUAUAUGUGCGUUGUUAAUGUUGGGCAAAUGUUCAGUCGAAUUCACACGGAGGAAGAAAUUUAUUUCUUAAUGGGAAUAAUUUUAUUCUUCAACUAUUUUUGAAAAGUCUACCCUGGGUGCCAGAGACUUGUCUAGCGCGGUUUCCGGUUUCUGUCAAGUCUGUAUAGUGACCCGCGGCUUCGGCCGUUCGGCCAACACCGAAAAUUUCCACCGCACGCGAGAAAAACCUCUGGUACCCAGGGUAUGAAAAGUCCGGCGCUACUCAAGCUGCUCCAAGCAUUUGCGAAAUUUUCAACUAUGUUUUAUUUAAUGUUUAAUAAACGAGCUUGAGGGCUUUAUUACCCCGAUAAAACCCGACCCGCGAGUUUAUUGAAAGACUUCAAAAUCAUUCCUGGAAAGGCGCGGCUCAAGGGAGUUGAUAACAAUGACGCUUUUGUGAACAUUGGAAAUUAGCAUUCGAAAAAAACAUUACGUAUGAAAUUAUUAUGUAAGAAAAUCAAAACCCAAUCGUCAUUAGCAAUUUUCCAGUCUGUUAACGACACUAACCGAAGAGGACAUAGGGUCUUGUUCCACAGCUUUUCGGAAGUCUAAAAAUGCCGAGAAAGAGAGGAAGUUAAUUGAAAAUGGUACCCCAAAGUCAACUACUUCACUGAAAAGAAUUCGUUAAAAAGAUUUUUCUGGAAUGGCCGAAUGGUAGGUAAACAAAAAUCCAGUACUCGAGCCUUGCGCAUUCACAACUCAGUGGCACGUCUUGAGUGCAAUCCCUGAACACUGCUAUAGCCAAUGUUAGCGCUGUGUCACUGAACUUUUGGCUGCUUAAAUUGGUGAAAGAACAAAGUUUAACUUUUUGGAAUAGUAAAUUUACUGCGUGUGUUAUUUUGAAAGAACGUUAAAUAUUCACCCACCAUUUGUUGUGUCAGUUGCUGGCUAAAUGCUUGUUUCCAUAUCUAAAACCGCCCUUGGGAACCUUGUGAUGCCUGCACAAAGUAAUUUCAUAUAUAUGAGUGAGUCCUGACUAUAGUGAUUAGGGUUAAGCACUAACAGUACUGAUAAGGGUUAAGCACUGAAAAUACCGGUUAGGGUUAAGCACUGACCAUACUGAUUAGGGUUAAGCACUUAGAAUAGUGAUUAGCUUUAAUUUUUUAGCUUCUAUUUAGGGUUAGGGUUUUCGCUAUAGUACUAAAUCAAACCAAGCUCCUGCAGCUAAUCCUCGGUGGUUGUAGUGGUUAGGAUGGAAGACUGCAGACCCGGCACUCCGUGAUCGAAUUCUGCGCGUGAUUAUGAAUUUUUUUCCCUUUAUAAUUGAAGAGACUUGCACUUUGACAACAUUUGUUGAGCGGAAACUAAGUCUCUGAGUCAAGAAACUUAGAAAUUUCAUGUAAGUGUAAGUAAAAAGGGAGAGGGCGGAUUGAGAUAUGGAAACAAAGGCUUACCCUGUUGCUGUGCUGAAAUAAAAUGUAAUCCUUGUUAGUAUUUUUUAUAUAAAGAAUACUAAUGAGGAUGAAAUUUUUAAAUAAAGAAUAUCAAUGAAGCAAAAUGCAAUCAGCCCCGCACUCGCCUGAGACUGAAAUCAAAUGCCGCCCCCAGGCUUUUUAGAUUGACAGUGUUUUACCGGGGUUUAAAACACGAGCUCGUGACGGAUUUUAGCGGACGUGAAGUAAAUGGCAACAUAGGUAACAUAGGUCAGUGAUCGGUUUUGCUUGAGGAAAGUGAAAAACAGAUAUAUGAGAUUCUGUAGUGUGGUUAUGAUAAAUACUUGCAUAAUUUAAUUCGACAAUAGUAACUAGACUCUACAACAUUAAUUUUUAAACCUUUUUCGUUUAAAUAUUUGACCUCUAUGGAUUGACACUUAUGUUAUUCUCCGACAUAAUUUUAGGUCAGUUGACUUGUAGAAAAUGGGGACAGGACAAGUGAACUGACCUCUUCCGUGCAGUUUUUCUGGGUUUAAAUUAAGACCGCGAGUUAUCCAUUCCAUAAUUUCAAUGUAUAAAAUUUUGUUUUUAUAAAAUUGUUGAAUGUUUGCAUAGUUCCCUCGUUGCCACCAGAGACUAGUCCCAGCAUGCACCUUACUAACGGGAGAGCUUCCGCUGACCGCGAGUCAUUCAUACCGCCCAACACUACGGAGAAUGGAAUGGUUGAGGCCUUUGAAGAUCCCUGGGUAAAAAGGGAAGAUAUCGAUUAUGACAAGCGCGGACGUGGAUAUGUCAGGCAUGCAGGUACCUCCUCUCAUUUUGUUCGGUCGUUUACUUUAGGAAACAGCAGUUUUGACGUGAACAAAGAAAUUACUGUUGAGGGAAAGUGAAUGAUAUUUUAUGUUGCUGGAGGCGCGAGGUAGGGGUUUAUAGGCCAACUCUUUGUGAAGUGAAAUGAGCGCGGUGGGCUAUAAGUAUUAGCAAUGCCUCGUUAAUUGAAAGGGAAAAAUGGGCGGUGAAGUCAACACUAGCCUGCGAGCAAGCUCUCCGGGGAAAGCUUGCUAGUCUUUUUCUUCUUAUUGAGGGAGCCUGGAUAAUUGCACGUGGUUUUUGAUUUCUUCUUAGUCUAAAGUAAAUGUUUUCCCACCCCACAGAAAGAGGGCGAAACUUUACCUAAUCCAAAAAAGAGCAUAAGUUAUCAUAAUCUUUUACAUAGUCACCAAAAAAUCCUAGAGUAAGCCUAGCUUUAUGUUGAGUCUAUCCCAAUAUACGUAAACAGUAGCUGCCUCCGUUUGAUAAUGGGCUCUUUCUGCCCUCUUGUAAGAAGAAAUAAAAAUAAGUGAUGCUGUAUAAAAAAAGGCCGCUUGUCUUUCCUCCUUUGUCAUUUUUUCCUUUCUUUUCCCCGCGCAAACUGAAUGUCAGAAUUGUCCAUGACCGAUAAGAGAUGACGUCACGAGCGGUAUAGACUUCAAAACAGUCCUUAUUUUUGCGUAUUCAAAUACAUGGGAACAGUCAAACAAAAGCUCUGGAGCGAGGCUGAAAACGGAGAGCGAGACUGGGGAGAGACGUCCUACGGGCGUGUGGGGCUCGCGCGCUUCGCGCGUGUUAGACUCUGACCCCACACCAAAGUGAUUUUGAGAAAAAACCGACUGUUUUGCAGUUUACGAGCAGUACAAAGGAGGUUUAGGGGGGAAUGGGUCUAUUACUACUUCGUGUCAACUCAAAUUUUGUUAAACUUUAUUUUAAGAUGCCCGACAAUUCUACUCUGAACAAGAAAACCAAGAACUACUCUCCGAUACCAAAGAUCACAGUUUUGAUGAACCCGCAGUGGGGUACAAAAGCUACAAGCGGCGUUUCUAUAUUGUGCUGCUGUUUUCACUGAUCAGUUUCAGUCAAUACUGCGCAUGGAAUACUUUUGGACCCAUUGCUACAACGGCUAAAAUGGUGUUCGGCUGGACCAACACUCAGGUCGCGAUCCUUGCCAGUAUGGAUCCCAUCACGUAUUUGUGUUCGAUGCUUUUCUUCUCCUGGAUGAUGGAUGAGAAAGGUAUCUGUUUUCAAACUAUUAUAGUAUCUGUCAGUUAGUACGCGCGUUGUUACUAGUUAAUUUUGCGGGCCGUAGAAAUUUCUACCGUACAGCCCGCAAAAUUUGAAAGUUAGCCUUUUCCUUGCGUCUGAUAAACCUCAGAUAUAUAAUGGUUAUCUUACUAAUUUCGACGCUUGAACUUUGUUAGCAAGAGAUAUCUAACCAUUUAUCUCCUAAUAGUGGUCAAGGAAAAAUUUUACCUAAGAAUGCAUAGUUCUCUUUGUAGGAUCCUUGGAAAUAACUGGGCUGUGCAAAAAGUUUAACCAAAGAAGAUUCCGUUUUGAAUGGCAACACCAUAGGAUUUUGUCUACAGAUUUAAUAGUUUAAAGCGAUAGCAACCAGUUUAUUUUUUGUGCUUUAUCUUAUUUGAAAUUAACCUUUUACCAGCAGUUUUCUUCGUUGGUUUCAGAAGCCUCAGAUAAUAUCUGCUUUACUCCAUAUUCCUGAAACGCACAAAAUUCCCUUAUUGUAACCUUGUGGCAGGCGCCGAAAGGAGAGGGGAAGGGAGAGAAAUUAGGAGAGGGUGAUUGGGGAGAGAGCUGUGUCUCCUCCUCCCCUCCCCUCCCCUUUUUUUGGGCUCGGCACUCAGGCUAUCUGUAGUGGAAGUUAUGAAAUCCGCUCUCAUAAAUGGCGUUCUUCUCAAUGACAGGACUUAGAUUGAGCGUUCUUGUUUCCUGUGUAUUCAUGUUUCUUGGAACUGGACUCAGAUGUGUGACGUCAAAUUCAUCAUUUGCCAUCUGGUAAGUGAACUGCUUUAGGCCAUUUCAACCCUUGGAACCGAAGCCAUUUCGCAUUCACUGACGUGCUGGCCAGCCACCUGUUAAGAACGCAGUAGUAGACCAGACACUCCGCUCGGUAGACCUUCAGUAGAACGAUGUCCUGUUUGAUUCAACAAUAAAGGGAACAAAUUAGUUUUAUGAAGAAAAGGACAACUCUGUAAAACUUUCCAGUGCCAAGUCCUUUUUUUUGGAGGACGUGAGUUCACGACGACAAAUUUUCUUCUCUUUCUUGAACUUGGUUUCUGUCCAUAGCUUAAGAAUUCAGAAGCGGGAAAAUCCACCUAUAUUUGACAAAUUGAACGUGGAAAAAUAACACGACAACGUUUGAACGAACGGAAAUUUCUUUUUUAGCGUAUUUUUACUGCCGCCGUCUACGGUCUUCAUGGUUCCCUUAGCUCCCUGGUUCUAGGUUCUACCCCCACUUUCCUCCCCCUCGCCCCACUGAACUCUUGUUCAGUAUCGAUGCAAUCUCGAGUAUACUCUAGAUGACGAUUUUCAUUUGAGUAAGUAUUUUGCAAUUUUCAUAUCGCCUUAAAAUUAAAGUAAAACCCAAUAUACUAGUUUGGAAAAAUAGAAAAACACCAAAGAGGUAAUAGUAUACGUCAACGUUUUAGGAUGGUUGAGUGUGAAGGGCAUUAAAAAUGGACAAUUAUCAAUUAGAAACUUGAUAAAUGUAGGCCAAAUUUUCCAAUGCUCAGAAACCUUGCGUAACUCCUGUAACAAACGUAUCACAUGAAUUCCCUCUGUACUACGCAGGUCCAUGGGAGCGGGUCAGCUACUGAAUGGUUUGGCGGGUCCUGUUACCCAAGCUGCGCCCACGUUGGUCUCAGCAACUUGGUUUCCACCUGAACAGCGGACAACCUCCACAGCUGUAGCGGCUCUGUGCGGUUCACUAGGUGUAGCUAUGUCGUUUGUAAUUGGUCCGUUGGUUGUAAAGGAUAUCAAAUGUGAAUUGGAUACAAUCACGCCCAGCAGGGGAAACCUCUCUUCUAAUGUCAGGUCAGCAUUGAUAAUUAUCGGAGAGAUUGUAAAAUAAUUCGAAGUGAACAGCUUCCCAGCGAAUACUUUACUCUGCAGCCCUUAUUUAAAUGAAAACGGCAGUCCGAAACGUUUUCCAAAUGCCUAAAGUUUACACCACCUUAUAAUUCUCAUUAAAAGACAACACCGCAGGAAAAACUGCUCCCUACCUUUGGACAAAAUACCCAAAAUUAAGUAGCUUGCAGGCAAGCUAGCAUCUCCUCUCGCAUGCAUGCUGCUCGGGCGUGAUUCAUCGCGAUUGCCUGCUCGCAGGCUAACCCCCAAGAUAAGUAUUUAAAACCAGCCGCAAGUUGCACACUUGUUAAAGAUCAGUACCGCAGAAAGUUGGCCUUAAAUGUUUACAAUUUAGGAUUUCGUCGUGCUUACCGGUUUUACCAAAGAUGCCUUUUAACUUCAGAAAUUUUUCUUUUAUUUUUCUCAGUGACACUCUAGACUUGUACCUCGACGGAACUCUUCCAUAUUCAGGUAAGGCUGCUGUUACCGUUUUUAUUUCACCAAAAUUUAGUUUAUACUAGCUUUUUAAAAAAAAUCAGUCUGGCAGUCUACGGAAACAUUUAACGUAGUUGUUCUUUAGAAACUUUGGUAGCAAAAAUUAUGGACUUUCAGUUGGAAACGCAUCGAACCGAAAGCGGACUCGUACCCUUAGUCCCGAGCGUGUCCGCUUACGAGUAGCCCGUUAGACUACUCUGUUGUAUGUUUUGCUUAGCUUUUUUGAGCUUGACCCUGCACAACGUUCAAUAACAUCCCUAUCAUCACAGGGCUCGAAAUAACGGCAGGUCAACGGAUGAUGCCCGGACUGAUUGAGGAGUUGACCGGUCAACCUUUCGUCUUGCCGGUCAUGUUGACCGGUCACAUCGAUCGUAUUGAAAAUGAAAUAAAUUAAAAUGUCCAUGCUGUUCAGUUUUUACCUGUAUGUAGCGAGUUGCUUUGUAUUGCGGAACUUUGAUAUGAAAUCCUGAGUGAAAUGCAACUAGAACCGUGGUUUACAAUUUGCGCAUUGAAACCAGGCAUCGGGGUUCACGUCGGUCGUCGUGUCCGGAGACUCUCCGGAAAUUAUUUCGACCCCUGUAUCAGUUUGAAUUAACUGACGGCUUUAAACGUUGUAUUGAUUUAGUCAGUCACAAUUUGUGAACAAAAAAGAAUUGUAUACUGUCAGGGAGCUUUGAAAGUAAACUACAGUAGCGUUGUUUUUAUCUCCGGCGAGGUUUGCCGGUUUUCUUAACCAGUCUCCUCUACUCUAAUUCACUAAAUAUAUGAUUUUUUUUUUCUAUUAUACUUUAGAUUCCAUUUACAGAGAUGCAGCCCAUUACUGGCCUUUAGACAAUCUGAACAUCACUAUAAAAGAUGUUUCGCUGAGUAAGAGAGACAAAACGUCGGCAAGCAAUAUAUCAGGGGAAUAUUGGGGUGUUAAAGUCACCAAAGGACUGAGAGAUUUAAAGUCAAACAGGGAAGGGCUUGUAUUCAAUGAGUGCGUGACGUCGCAAGGUGUAGUCAAUCAAAGCAUAGAAACUGACGGCAAAGGAGCGUGGGUAAAUUUUGGUAGCUUUGUCAACACAUGUGUGAGUGAGCCUUCGCUUUGCCCGUUGGGAUUUACAUUCGCUCUGUGGAUCAAAUAUGCAAUACUGGACAACAACGGGCUGCAGUAUUUUAUAGGGACUAGCGGUACAAAAGAAGGCCUUAAGGGGUUCUUGAUUUAUCAAGACUUUCCUUACGAUAAAGAGGACCACUUAGCUAUUAAAGUAGAGAACGGCACAAUGCUGUGGAAACGAAGCUUUCCUGUGCCGCGUGACAGUUGGACGCACGUUACGUUCACGUGGGAUGAACGUGAUGGUCUCGUGAUAUACUCAAAUGGGUCCAGUGCGGGGGCGGACCAAAAGGGUAAAAAAACAAAACCCGAGGAAGUGUAUAAUACUUCUUUUACGUUCGGAAGACCCAACAAUGAGCUGAUAUUCUCUAAAGCUGCGUACGAUGAGAUAGCAGUGUGGAAUAGAAAACUUCAUCCCAAAGAAGUUGAAGCGGUGUAUAAGCGGACUGCGGGAUUAGGACAAGGGCCUGAUUUAGAAAAAGGUAGGAGAAAUGUUGUUAAUUCUUACAUUUUGUUUUACCGUACUUCCUUCUCAUCCCCGCAUGGUUCUUUCGUAUUACUUAGUAAACCUGCUGAUGAAUUUAAUAGUGCCCUUCAGUAGCAAUGUAUAAAACAAGUAAAAUAAUAACCUAAGUAUUAAGUUUGAAUAAGAACUUACCCUAUUGUCAAAAAGGUUGAAAAGUCCAAGCUUUAGCGGAUCAACGGCAUCAUUAGGGAUAUGGCCUGUUCCAGGCUCUCAGAUAGUGGGAAAGACGCGAAAGUGAAAGGCGCGCGAAAGGUUGGCGGGGCGGGAAAAAGGAAUCCUCUCCCCAGUUUCCUCCCGUUUUAUUUUCGUGUUCGCGCUAUCUCAGUUUAGAGGACCCGACUAUUUCGGAGCCUGGGAGAAGCCAGAAGGGAUAAGAAAAGUCAGAUUCCGCGUAAAGCUACUCGGGAAUCUUCCCAUAAGUAGAUUUCUUCUGGCAGCCAUGAAUUUAGCCCCCCACAAAGGCGUUUUUUUUUCUUGACCCCAUUGUAUUCUAUUUCAGAAAAAGAAAGACUUAUCAAUGAAGGCAAACAGGAGAUAAUGACUUUACUUUAUGCUGGUACGUAUCCCACUUUAGCUAAAGGACACAAAAUAUCUUGUUUUUGAUUGAGUCAAAAUAGGACAAAACUUUUGAUCGAACAAACACGCUCAGAAAAGAAAUUUGUCUCUCUAUGUUAACUUCCUUGGUUGAUCGGUUCGAAAGUAACAAGUCCAUUUCCAAAAAAUAUUAUUUCAGCAACUUUUUUCUUCUCCUGCUGUGGUCGUUUUGGUAAGGGACUGUCUAAAUUAAACUGCAAAACAGGAGGGUUGAGGCUGACGCCUCCCGCGAAAAUCUCUCGCCGUCACCGCCUAUUUCCCUCUCGUUGCCAUUUUUAACGGUUGAUGCCACCAUUGCUAAUCAAGCCUUUUGUUAUGAUUGAUGUAAUGUAUUCCCUGGAUUAAGUUACCUUAAGAAAUUGUUCCGGCACCUCGCCCCUUGGAAAACCGAUUUCCUGAGAAAAAAAGCGACAGUUCUUUGCAGUCUAGAGCGUCAUGAAUAUUACAAACAAAUUUAAACGGUCUAGGAAAGAUAUCGUUCCAUUUUGGCUUGUCAAGCCGCUUGUCGGUCGAUCUCACAUAAUAAAGGAGGUUCUCUAUUGGAUGUUUAGGACGGUUGUUUUUGUUGAUUGGCUAAUAUUCGGACAGCAGUUUUCGUAACAGCUUAAUAGACCUAAUGUACUCAUUUUCUGUUUUUAUAGAAUUCGGUAUUGUAACCUUCCUGCUGUUGUUAGUUGUGGUGUAUUUUCCAAACAAGCCUCCCUUACCUCCAAGUAAAUCAGCAAAGAGGAAAAGAGAGGACUUCUUCGCUGGCGCCAAACAAAUAUUCAAGUAAGACAUAUUAGCGACUAUAUUUUUUGUGUGUGCUGUACUGUGCAUUUGGCGAAAUAACCUUAAUGGUUUAUCUUACUAGCCCAGCUAAGAGCGAAAUGCUAUUUAAUCCUCUUCAAUUUGCUGUCGAGUCUUGAAAAUUGCAUAAAUUACAUUUUCAGUUUGUGAGGCUAUAGGCACGGUAAGACGGGCAAAAGAAAAACCUGCAACUUGUUUUGUGGCUUUGCUGCGAAACGAGUUGAAUAGCGAUGUUGCGCUUUUUACCACUCAAAAAAAACACCUUGCAACCUUAUUUGUUGCAAGACUGGUUGAAACGUGGGUGGUAAAAUUAACAUUAACGAGACAUUCAUAUAGGGUUAGCCUCGACGUAAAGUAAAAUAUUCAGAAAUUCCGGCAAGUAAGUGUUUGAAAUUUGAAUAUACACAAUAAACAGAGUAAUAAACGGGUAUUUUUCUCGUUGGAAUUUGUGAAUAUACUACUUCAGACGGAGGUUAAGGCUGUAAAAAAUGCGUCUUCAGUUCCUUUAUUCAGCAGUGAUAGCGAACUCGAAACUGGACUAUUGACAGGUCUGCUACGUAUGCAUGGCACAGCACACAAUCAAAAAAUGGUAUCUCUGUGUAUAUCAAUUCUACCUUUCCGUACACACAUAAUAACGUUCUUUUUUAAAUUACCCUUUUUUGAUUGAUACACAGGAAUAAACAAUUUUGGACUCUUGGUUUAGUAUACGGUGUUACGACUGGUAAGUUUGUUACUUCCUAAUUCCUUCUUUGUUAAUCGCAUUACGUAUGAUUGUUAAAUUUUUUACACAGUAGCUUUAUCAGCGACGUACAUGUUUGACAUUAGAGAGUCAACCCUUAUUUUUUUGUGUCCAGAACCGGAUGAAUUACAUCUUUUUGGGGUCUGAAUUUUUGGGUAUCCGUGAAAACGUUUCUUCCAACCAAAACAAGCAACAUUGCUCCAAAACCCAACUAGUGGUAAAAUUAAAUGGAAUGGUGAAACAAGCCGUAAAAAAAAAACCUUUGAACAUUUCCCUCUCACAUCCUCAUUGGCUCUUUACGUUGGUUCUUCCCGUUUUUCUCCAUCUUGAAUGAGUGAAAAUAAUAAUAAUCGUCAUUAGUAAGUUAAAAGAAGCGCUCAUUUGUCUGCUUAUGUCCAGAGAUCCAAGCAAGUCGGAAAUUAUGUACCUCAUAUUAGACACAAUUAUUUGCAAUUUACUUAUGACCGACUUCAUGUUUGGCAAAAUCGGGUAACGUAAAACUUUUCAUGAGACAAACUAAACUUAGUGAGUUAAGUUCAUGAAAAAUCCCAACACGUUCUUUCGUCUUCACACAGAUAGAAAGUCUGAAGAUCGUCUCUGGGACAAAAACGUCUAUCUUCACAUACGCCACUUCCACAUUUCCCAUAAUGCACCUUAUUUGCCCACCAAAAUUUUGCAUAACCUUUGUUUUUCAUUUCUCCUGGGUAUUACAGCCGUCCAAGAAAAAUUGAAAACAAUGCUUGUUCAGAAUUUUGGAGGGCAAAUAAGGUGCAUUAUGGGAAAUGUAGAAGUGGCGUACGCGACGAAUUAAACGAAUAAAUUAAAAAUUUAUGGUAAUAUCUAUUUAGCCUCGUGCGGGAGAAAAUUUAUUACUGAUCUGAUUCGGUUAAUUGGUUCGACGCGUCCUAAGUCCGACGUCUGACCCAACAGACGAUCUUAACUCAGUAAGUAAGGUCGACCCAAAUUCGAUGCUUGGCCUAGGCCUUGCUAACGUUUAGUUGAGGAUUAGAUUUAUAGGGCACUUCGCGCAUGAUGUCUAUGAUAAACAGCAUGAAUCUCGUAAGCCUUCAAUCCUGGACGUGUGAGCACAGCACAUUUGAUUGUCUAUUUUGCUUUUUCAUCUUUUCUUGUUAAAGGUGUUUACAGUGGUUGGGGCGCGUCUUUAGCGGUCAAUUUAGAGACAUUUUCAAUCCGUCAGGUAAGUUAAUACUAUAGUUUCUUCUUCGCACACAAAAUGAAGGUGUUUUUUCCCAUACAAAGGCUUCUAACUUUACCGAGUUUGUCACACUUCGAUUCAUGCCCGUCGACAAGAAGAAGAAGAUAUCGCCUUGGAUUCAGGCACGCCUAGCACUAAAAAUGCACCGUUAGUUUAUGUUUAUGAUUUAGUUUGUUUUGCUUUCCGUAAUUUGGUCGUAUUAAGUUUCAGUGGAUAAUCUUAUACAGCGAAAUAUAGCGAGGAAAUGUUUGUUAAUUUUUAUUUUAUAUUAUGCUAUUUUAUUUUUACAUUUCCAAACGCCCAUCCCUAUCUCGUUUCAAUUCCAGAAUGAGGCAGGCUGGAUCGGUUUCUAUGGAACAUUAGCCGGCAUUGGAGCUGGUUUGCUUCUGGCGAGAUGUGCUGAUCUGUUUGGCGGGAAAAUGAAGGUUCUUCUGCUCGUGUUGUUCUUUGGAGCCUCUGGAUGCUUUUUGUGGUUCUCCCUUCUCUGCCUCAGGAUGAUAGAUUAUGUUGAAGGUAAGACACUUCAUCUGCCCUUUUCUUGGUAGAAAAGGAUUUUACUUGCCAAAAUUCUGUCAGAGUGAGACUGGACACUCGUCCCCAGUUUUCUUUCAACAUCUAUCUACGCUUUAUCCGCGCUUGGUUCAUUAGUAGCCGUUUGCAGAAAUUUAGAGCAAAUCUCGUAGACUCUUGUUUUCGAGCGCAACGUACUUUAUUGAUACUGCCAGUUGCAGUUUCUGUAUACGCCAAUACACAUGACGGAGGGAGGAACAACUUACAGAGUACUUACAUAUUAAGUAAACCUUUGUUUUGAUUUAUUUGUAUGCAAUUAUUGUUCACGUCCAUGUUAACACUUUCAUUGGAUGAAUCUCUUAUCAUUGGACACAAUGACAAGGUUUGUGGUAGCCUCUAGACAGAGACUUACAAAUCAUAAAGCGAUAUGUAUCUGUCGGAAAAUCAUAUUGAAUAUUAUUUUUCUCGGUGAAUAUUACAGUGGCGGAUUUAGGUCUUCAUCUAAAUUUGGGGUAGGGGGCUGUCGUUCAAAAGCUUAAGAUACGAGGGUGGCCAAGCGUCGAAAACAUUUUUCUCAUCCUAGUGGGGUUCAGUCAAGCCUAAAGAUGGGAGCCAGAGAGGUCCCAGCCUCUCCCUGGAUCCUCCAUUUUUAAAAAUAUCCUGAAAUAGCUGAACGUAGCUUGCAGGAGGAUCGCCAACGAUUUGACUUGAAAUUAUAGCGGUAGCAGCAGAAUUGUUAACUACUGGCGCUUUAUAAGCCAUCAUUUAGAUCGUAAAUAACAUGAAAAACCUCAAGUUGACUCUUCUGUAGGAAAAAAAAAAUUCUUAAAUUAUUACGUCAGCUAAUUGAAUUGACGGUUAAAUGAUUCUUCUAAGUAUUCUUGUACUUUGAUAUUGCAGCUUCUUUGUACAAGUCAAGUAUAUUAGGCGGCUUUUUCGUGAGUGGUACCAUUCCUUUGUUCUAUGAGUUGACUGUGGAAUCUACAUACCCCAUAGCUGAAGGAAUUACUACGGGAAUGUUAACCCUCAUUAACAACUCAUUCACUGUUAUCUUCUUGAUCAUCUUAAUGGUCCCAGGAGUCGGUAAGUGAAGACCAGUUAGAAUUUAGACGUCCUACCGGUGAAUUGAGCAAUUUUGAACUGUUUCCUCGCGCAUUGUUGAGUUAUGAAUGUGACUUGAUCUAACCAGAAAUGCUUCAAGAACCGGCCUGCAACUCCUCAAUGCUUCUCCUGGAAUUGUUUGAAAAAUUUCCGUUGGCUUACAAGACCAAACAAUGUAUAUUUAACCUAUUCACCCCUGGGAAUUUUGUAGAAAAAAGCGUUUUGCAGCUGGUCCAGCCGUUUUCUGGUCACUCUCUGGCUAUCAAGAGCUGAAACAUACCAAACAGUCGUUUCCAGGUUGUUCAAUUCCAAAUGCACAAUAUCAGCUUGCGAAGUUUGAGCAUGCGCAGAAACAUUUUGGGUGUAAAGGGACACAGCAGUCUUGAUAUUUUCUUUUCGCCGUCUCUGCUCCCCUCUUCUUUCGCUCUCCUUACUGCGUUUUCUUUCUUUUGCUGUGCAUGUACUAGGCUUCAUUUCGGAGGGAAAUGGUUUUGGGGAGCAAGCUUUUAGGGUUGUAGUAUUAGAUGAUGCUAAGCGUGGGUGGGUAGUUGAACAAGAUUUUUAUCGGAAUUCUCGGGUCAGCUUUACGUGGUUUUUGCCUUUUUCUCCGACCUUCUUGACUAAAUCGUGCUCAUUGUGGUUUGGUUUGAAAAUCUUUUCCCCUGUACAAUAAUAAAGUUGUCUUUGACGUCACUGGGCUGCGAGGGACAACGGUCCGUCCGGGCGGUUCAGGGGCGAAUGGAUUAACAAGAGUUCUCACGCAUCAGGACGUAAGACUUGUGCGUUACAAUUCAAUAAAACAUGCGCUCGCGUAUGGCACGUGCGUUUUGUCGAUAGAACAGACUGGAAAUAGGCAUGUUUCGUUAAACCUCUAAAACGGUUCGUGCGAAAAGUAGUUUUCGACUACUGCAAACUUACUAGGAACACUAAAUGGCGCGCUCACAGUCUUGGUUUGGUCAAAUAAAAACAAGUCUCAUGUCCUUUUUUUCAGGCACUGUAUGGAUGAACUGGUGUAUGUUUGGCGCAUGCGCAGGCUGUAUUCCAAUACUGCUGGGGUUUCACGAGAACUACCGAAGGCUCAGCAUAGACAAAGAAGAUUCAUCAAAGGAACUGAAAGCACAAGAAACCGAUAAGAUCUCCAAGAAGCUAAAAUCUCCCAUUGGCUCACUCCUUUCUUUUACACACGUCGAUGAACUAGUCCACAAGCUAAAGAAGGCAAAGGAAUCAAAUAUUUAAUUUGAAGUAUUACCUGUAAAAAAAAAAUGAUUAUUUAUUUUUAAAAUCUUCAUGGGUUCGAGUUCUUACCAUUCCGGUCAGAAUAUUUUUAAAGGGUAUUGUUGAGACUCUAAAGUAAAUAGAUGUCGGAAAAAAUAACAAUAUUUUAAUAAGAUGCAGGAUCGUGAUUUGCUGUAAUAUUACUGUCCCGUUUGUUUGAAAUCCGGUCGGGAGAUUUCGGCUGAAAUUAUUCGGACUGGAGAGAAAGGGAAACUGGGAUAGAUUCAGUUAGUUAAUUUUGGUAUCGCUUUUCAUGAUUAGUGGGUAACAGACAUAAAAAGAGGCCAAGGUUCGUCGGAGUGAACCAAGCAGAAAACCGACUAAUUAGAAAGACACACUGGAGCAAGGCACUAGAUUGAAGGAGUAGGGGUUAACUCUGGAUGUUGGAUGUUUACAUCUCCCUUGUUUCUGAUUUCCUUUACCCCUAUUAUACCAAGGGCCAAAAAAUAUUUCAGAGAUGUUGCGCAUGCAGGUAAAAUAAUAAUUAGACAUGAUUUUCGGUCUGUAGACCAUAACCUUUUGGCUUCUUUAUGCGGAGUUUCUGAAGGUAUAUUCAACGGAGACGAAUUAAUUGCUGGAUGAAGUUUUUGUAGUGUUUAUUUUUCGUUGAAAGAAAAGUAACACUUCAUUUUUGUGUUAUAGUUUAGGUCAUUUGACGGUUGGAGGGUUCAUUUCUCGUCUUUUCCCGGGUUGGCUUGGCCUUAAAUCCUCGUGAGACUUAAUGUACAUGCAUUAAAAGAUUGAAUCAAAAUUAUUCCUUUCAGAGAACUAAUUAGUUAGAUCAAUAAAUGGUUUAAAAGUUCACGGCUUGAAAACGUUAAAACUUAAGCUCAUAUCCAAACCAAUGCGUUUACGUGUUAACAAAAACGCAUCGAAAGCUCCGCCUACCUCCACGUUAACGUGUUCUCGUCAUUGUCACACGUUACGUGUAAUAAUGAAACACUAAAUCGGAUGAAAAGGCACUCUACUUUGCCCUUUGAAUUUAAAUCUCCUAAAUAUUUAAUGAUGUAUAAUAAAAAUAUGUGCAAAUUUUCAAAUAAAAACGCAUCAAUGUGGAAGGGGUCUGAUGGAAACUAUUUCAGCGGCUGAUACGGCAGAAUUCACUUAACGUGCCGUGUGUGAUAGUUAACUUCACUCCGAUCUUAUGGUCAAAUGUUGGGGAAGCCUCUGCUUUUAUCUAUCGCUCGCCUCCCGAGUUUUAUCGGCCAAAUGUCGCGCGCACACAACACCAUUUGUCUUUUGAGUCCUCAGAAUUCAGUGCACAAAAAGUUUUUUUUUCCGCCGGUCCAGUUAGAACAAGUUUAAAAUCUGCAUUUCUGUGGUUGCCUUCCCAACUACUUCUACGACUAUACGUUUUUCAGCUAAAUAUGUGAUAAAUGUUGACGUUAUUAUUAUCAUUCCGUUUGUAAAUUAGCUUUCAAAUACUAAUCUAUUUAUAUUUAAGAAACCAGAA